AUCCACGCCCGGCUCCUGCAGCGCAUUCGCAGCAGUUUCUCACUCGCACAUACCAACGCCCUCGACCUCGAGCCCUAUCCGCUCCCAACUACCCCCCCACAUCAUUCACAAUGGCUUCUUCCGGUGUCUCGGUCUCCCCGGAGUGCAUCUCUGUUUUCAACGAGCUUAAGCUGGGCAAGGACCUGAAGUGGAUCGUGUACAUGAUCGCAGACAACGGCAAGGAGAUUGUUGUGGAGCACACCGAGAAGAAGUCGGACGCGAGCCAGGAGGAGCAGUGGAACGCGUUCCGCGAGUUCCUCGUCAACUCCAAGACCAAGAACAAGGCCGGCAAGGAGGGCCCCGGCGCGAGAUACGCCAUCUACGACGUCGAAUACGACGCCCCCGGCGGCUCGUACGGCGAGGGCACCAGGAACAAGAUCGCCUUCCUCUCCUGGAUCCCUGACAACCUUGCUCCCUGGCCCAAGAUGGUCUACUCGUCGUCCAAGGACGCCAUCAAGCGCUCGCUGAACGGCGUCGCCACCGACAUCCAGGCCAACGACGAGUCGGACAUCGAGUUCGAGUCCAUCAUCUCCAACAUCCAGAAGGGCCGUUUCUAAGCGGGGCAAGAGGCCGGGAACCAAGCACCUCCACCCCUUCAUCUUCAUCUUCUUCUGCUUCUUCUUCUUCUGGAUGAUGUGAGAGAAUGAGAGAGAGAGAGAGUUGAGAGAGAGGCUAGGCUCGCUCCACGACCCCGACUAAAGCGGACGUUGGAAAUCGCCGUCCUGCCGACGCGGU